UCUUCCUAUUUUUUUGUUCGGGUGCGUGUCGGCUGCAGGAUCCUAAACCGCUCCCUGCCAAGCUGCUCUGCGUGCCGCACCGCAGCCCGCCGGGGCGGAGGAGAUCCAGCUGCUUUGUUCGAGUACUCUUCGUGCCCACCCGCUGCACGUGUAACGCUGGAAGUUUGAGUCAGGUAAUUACAGAUCUGGGUUGAAGCCUUCCCAGGAAGUGAUCAGAAAAGCCAAGACUUGCAGAUGUGCUCCCAUCGUUCUCUUGCACCUUGACUUCACCUGUUCAUGAGAAGGUUUUGUGGAACUGCUCAGCUUUUGGUAACUGGCUAUCGAAAAGCAAAGAAAGUUGCCUUUUGUGAGAACGCUAUCAGCUCUUACCCCUGGAAAAGCAUCUGAGGACAAGAGUCGAGGGCGAUAGCAGCUUUGGUGCUGCAGUGUUCUGCAGCGUGAUCCUCCGUGCACCAGUGCUCAGGAGAGCCACAGUCACGGGGGAGUCAGACACAGGUGCAAAAAGAGGCAGCGUUCCAUGUGGAACCCAGGGAGCCUGAAGGCGGCUGUGAAGCUACUGGAAUGAUUCCCUGGGUAGCUAAAACUAUUUCUGUAACCUGGAAGCAGUAAACAAAGACCAGGCAAACCCAAUUUUUGUUUGAGGCUUUUGCCUAACUGACAGCAGAGAUGAAAUGCAAAUAAGUUAGUUGACUGCCGCUAAUGGUAUGGUGAGAUGUGUUGAAGAGCAGCUGCGAGGGUGUCCAACGGCAAGGGGACCACUCUAGAAGCUGGGCUUGCAACAUCAUGGGCCAGUGUGUCACUAAGUGCAAGAAUCCUUCUUCUACCCUUGGCAGCAAAAAUGGGGAAAGGGAUUCUGGCAGCAAGUCGCAUAGUAAGAGAAGUGCAGUCCACAAAGAUGACCAUGGUUUGGCUUGUGGGAAGUCUUCAGGAGAUAUACUUGUGAAUGGGACAAAGAAAACGGACGCUGCUGUAGAGUCUAGUCAGCCUCCAACGUUUUCUGGAGAUACAAAGAAAGACUCUGUUUCCAGCGCAGAAGAAUCUUCGCUCCAAAGGAUCGGGGAGUUAUUUAGGAGGUAUAAGGAUGAACGGGAAGAUGCCAUACUGGAGGAAGGAAUGGAACGAUUUUGCAAUGACCUCUGUGUUGAUCCCACUGAAUUUAAAGUGCUAGUUUUGGCUUGGAAAUUCCAGGCUGCUACCAUGUGCAAAUUUACAAGGAAGGAGUUUUUUGAAGGCUGCAAAGCAAUAAAUGCAGACAGCAUCGAUGGCAUUUGUGCAAGGUUCCCCAGCCUCUUAAACGAAGCCAAGCAGGAAGAUAAAUUCAAGGAUCUCUAUCGUUUCACCUUCCAGUUCGGCCUGGACUCUGAAGAAGGACAGAGGUCACUACAUCGGGAAAUAGCCAUUGCCCUUUGGAAAUUAGUCUUCACCCAAAACAAGCCCCCCAUUUUGGACCAGUGGUUACACUUCCUAAUCGAGAACCCCUCAGGAAUCAAGGGAAUCUCCCGGGACACGUGGAACAUGUUUCUAAAUUUUACUCAGGUGAUUGGACCGGACCUUAGCAACUACAGUGAGGACGAGGCCUGGCCGAGCCUCUUCGAUACCUUUGUGGAGUGGGAAAUGGAGCGAAGGAAAAAGGAAGAGGAAACCAAAUGUAUUACGUCUUUGGACACAGAGGGCCUGUGUGCGGAGGAACAGACUUAGCGGUGUCGAAGCAGCAGUGACAAAAGCAACCUGUUGCCCUUCAUGAAAUGUAAACUCUGGAUGUUUCUGGAAGUUAGACUCCAGAUUUUUCUACUUUACACCUUUUUCUGCCUUGUCUUUGAAAGGGCUCUAAAAUGCUGUAUCAUGUUUUAGGCACUUUCUUAAUUUUGGUUAUUCCUCUUUCUCUUGCCCUGAAAUAUUUGACCCUGGCUACAAGUUAAGCAUUUUUGGUUUUGUUUUUUUUUUUUUUUUUAAGACUUCAGAUUAGUAUAAGUAAGUCUGAUAUUUCUUGCACAACGUAGAUCUUUUUAGGUAGGUUAAAUUAACAUUGCUAAAUUAUACAGUGCCAGAUUAAGUUUUUCAUACUACAUCUGUCAGGGCAGGUCUGUACUGUGUGUAGUGCUGUUUACAUUGUUGAAAUUUUAGGCUGUAAUAAUUUUAAGGUUUUAUACCAAGAUGAACAGCAGUGUUAACUGUUAACUAUAAAUGCAUUAAUCCCCCAGUAAUAAGGCUCUAAAAAAACAUAAGCAACAGCUCUUUGUAAUACGGCUGAUUCCCAUUUUAAGCUAACUCCCAGUGAAUGAGUCCAGAUCAUUCAUUAGUUUUUUGGGGUUUCAAACUAAAACGUUGGGGUUUUUUUAUAAAAUUACUGUACCUGUCAGUCAACUGAGUGGUAGAUGAUGAUUUGUAUCUAAAUCUCUUACACAUCACAUAAUAAAAGAGCAGUACUACCUCAGUUUUAUUGAAAGUGGACUUCUUGAUGGACUUCCAUUUUUCUCUGGAAGUUGUAUUUUUGUGGUUACAUGAGAAUAUUUUUACUUGACUCAAAGAACCAAAGGUUCUCCUUCUUAAGUUUGCUAAACAUUGACAGAAGCAACACACAAACCCUAAGUCUUCAAGGAAAACUGUGGUAUAAUUCUGCUUUAAUUUGUUUGAUUUAUAACUAAAGUAUUAUCUUACUUGUCUGGCAAGCACAGUACUUCCAUGUAAGGAACUAUCUUUUGCAUUAAUAUUGACAAACCAAUUUUUUAAAACCUAUGUUUAAUUGCUAAAUUGCAGUUAAUACUCCACACUUUCUGGAGCAACAAUAUCGGCAUCUGAUGACAAAGUGAAUUCUUAAUGUGUUCUUAAUGACAACAGUGUAGAUGAGUCAUUUUUAGACUGAUUUGAUAAUAUUUGGAUAGGAGUCAAUUUAUUAUUUUACAAUGCCUGUAUUGGGACUAUUUGCCUGUUGAAACUUGUGACUUAAAGGGAGUUUUAUUAACACUGGUUGAAACUUUUUUGGUUAUUGAUGCUACCUUUUUUAAUUUUAGUAUGUCAACUUUUUUACACCUUUUGGUAAAAGGGAUGAUUGCCAAGGCUUUCUAUAGAGCUAAGUACUGGCUUAAUGAAUUUGAUACACUUCCAUUACACACCCUUUAUUUUCAGAGCUGCAUUUCAGGGUCACAAAACAGCUUCAGUUAAAAAACCAAACCAAAACCAGCUGGACAGUCAUCCAUAGCAUCUAAUGGCUUUUGUGAUACAAGGGUUUUAAAGCUAAAGGGAAACAGGUCUGAAGGGGCGAGCUUGCCACUGGAUCCAGGAUGGCAUGCUUUGCCCAUCUGCUGUGCCCUAGAGGGGUUAGCAGAGAGAGGAGGAGGAUCUGCCUGAAUUCUGUCACUGGCUUUGCUGGUGUGCAGCCUAUGCAAUAGCUUGGGUCUGAGAUCAUAAAUCACUAACAGAAUGUGGGUAUUGAAAGCUGUUUAAAAACAAACCCACCAGCCACAGAUAGCAUCUCGUUCAUCUAAUAACGGAGAGUUUGGUCCAUGCUUCUUCUGCAAGCUCUUGCCUGGGAGACGUGUUAAGCUGUGGAAAAUAAAUGUAGUUGUUCCAGAUGCAGCUGAGUCUGUCCCUUUGCAGAGGGGAGCCCUGAACUUGCUGUAUUAUAGGGAAAUGUACCCAAAGCUUUGUCCUUGCUACUAUAACCUUCCAAGCUACCGUGGCACAAGCACUGUUUGGCAGCAAAACCUUAUUCUGAUUUGGUGAGCAAAGCACUUGUGCUGGUAUAACUGAAUUUAUGGUGAGACUUUUGCUGGUGCUGUUAUUUUAAAAAAGGAAAAAAAUUCCCCAACAAGAGGCUACUUUGUUAGCAAAAGUUCCAAACGGAGAUCUGAUAGUAAAUGAAGACUGUGUUUGUAAGUUUGAGACUAUUCAUUCAUUCAGCUAUUAAACUAUUUGUUCCUCACUUCAUUUUUUUUUUCCUAAAGGGAAUUUAAAAUGUCCAGAGUGUGAAAACGUAAUUCCAAUGGAUAGCCAGUGCAUGCAUGUGCACACAGAGUCAUGGCAGUGGCUGCUACUGAUUUAUAUACCAAACUGCAGCAGCUCAGGAGUAUGAGGGACAGAGCUCUUUAAGGGAGGUGUUUGUCUUGUGGUUUGAAUGUGGAUUGCAGUAAGGAAAUCAAUUUACUGUAGCAUGUCCAGGCUUAGCCCAUUUUAGUGCAUUGCAUGUGGUACAGCUUCUUCUAAAGGCAGUGGUGGUGAAUAUACAGGAAGGGAAAAAUCUUGUUUCCUGUUGGGGAAAGGACAUAAAAUUUCUCUGUGGGUUAAGUCCCGUGCUUUCAGUACAAGAGGACAGCCUUGCUCUUGUUCUGCUGCUUUCAGCCUAGCAGGAGCAACUCCACCUGUUGGGUAGAGUACUUGCAAAAAUAGCUAAAUGAUCCAUCUAGCAAAGUACCAGUCACUUAUUUUUAGCCUAACUUCAGUUUUUUAAUUACCAUUUACAGAAUGCAAGCCAGACCUGUAUCAGUUUUAAACUUCUGAACCAGGAGCUGAAGGUGCAACUCUUUGCUGACAGUGAGAGAGGGCAUCAGACCUUCCCUUGGAUUGCCUGGUGAUUUUUAUGAUCCUAAUCAAGCAUAGAGCGUACUCUGUAAUGUACCUGCGUGGGGGUGGGCUUUUGUACAUGUUUCUGAGAAGUCUUUAACAAUAUUGGAGCAUCUGAAAAUAUGCUUGUUUAAUGGUUAAACUGUGAAUUUCUGUGGAACAGACCAAAUACAUUCACUCUUCAUUUUUAUAUAAUUUAAAUCUUUAUUGUAUAGGGCACAGGACUGUAGUAAGCAGUGAUGCUGCUGGAAUCCUUGAAACCAUUGCAACUAUUUAAUUUUUUAAAAUUAGGGUAUGCAUUAGAAAACUUGAUACAUGUAGUGAAUCUGCUGCAACUGGGGUUAAAUAACUAUAGAUAACUAUAUAGAUAGUUUUAGUAAUAUACUGGAAAACUGGUCUGAUAUCCACACUCUGGCAUUUCAUUGCCUUCUCUUAUACACAAAAAAAUACAACUCCUGGGUAAUAAAACGCUGACCACCUGCACCAUUUUAGUUUGCUACACUUUUAAGAUUUGGCUCCCAGAUAACUGGAGGCUCAGCUGUGCUUAUUUUCACUUGUAUGGGUGCGUUUCUGAGGUCAAAGACUAUUUAUUGGCUCAAGUAAGGAUUUGAAAGAUUCCGCCCAUAGUUGGCCAUAAACAAUGACUGAGGAAAUUAAUUGAAAUUGAAUGCUGAAUUGUGAGUUUACUUGCUGCUGGUGCUAUUCUAUAUGGAGAAUUAUAGCUUUUUAAUACUGUGCAAUUGUAAUGAAAACCACAGGAAUAAUAAAUGAAGGUGUGGCAGGUGGCAUAAAAUUGGAUAGCUGAAGCCUGCGGCAGCUUGGUCCACCCCAGGGUGAGUGCCGGCUUCCCCAGGCUGGCAGGGCAGGUGGGCCCAUGGACCAGCCCCUGGACCACGAUAGCUUUUCAGCCGAGCACCUUUCAGAGCAUGAGUAGAGUUCACCCUGCUCUGCUGCCGAGCAAGUCGGGGUUGGUUGCCAGUAGAUGCAGCCCCUCAUCCCGAGGGUGGGAGGGCUGUCGGGUGGGGGGCAGAGUGCAGGGGCAGCAGCAGCUUUGCCUCUGUGACUUCUCUUUCAUUCCUUGUGUGUCAGAGCCUGAAGAACCUGUGGAUCCCUGGACAGGAUCCACUCGCCUGUCCCCUCUGGUUCCCAGACAUGGCUGUGCGCUGACUUAGUGACCUUAGUAUUUUCAUGACACUGUCAAGGGAAGUAUCUUCCUUACAGUUCUAAGCCUUGUUUCCAAAAACCCCAGCAAAGUUAAAGAAACACCAUGUAGUUAAAAGCCACCUCAGUCAUGAUGUAAUUUGUUGGCUGAGGUUACAUCAUUCCCAUUCAUAGCAAAAUGAUCAUCAUUGUGAAUUUCUGGGUCUUGUAGCCUUGUGUUCUGCAGUGUGAUCUUUUUUUUAGAAGAUCCUCGGUAAAUUGGGCACCCAGUUCUUCCUUUGAGCUCAUUCUGCUCAAAAUGCGUGCAUGUGAAUUUAGCCUUUCAUAUUAAAAAGGAAGAUACUUAACCUGAAAUGCAAAUUUCUUCAGGGUAGUGUUUCAAUAUAUAGCAAACCAUAAACAUUUUUUCAAAUAAGUAUUGAAAGCUAAGUGUCUGCUUAAAUUUUGUGGUGUGCAGACAAAACCACCAGUGUUAGAAUUUGUUCUCUGGACUAUUGAAGAUUGAAUCUUUGGCUUUAUAUUGCCAACUGAAGUGAAAUGCAUGAGAUUGUAAGACAGAAGGCUGUAACUCCUUCACCAUGAAGUACACAGGUAUCUCUACCUCUUGUUCUUAGACUUGAAUAGUUUAAGGUUACCAUCCUUUGCUCCUGGGAUUUUAUGCCUGGAUGAGUAAUCUAUUUUUUUUUUUAAUUGACCCAAGUAUUAUCUAUUUGCCAUACUUUUUGGUAUAUUGCUUUUAAUCUGCAUGCAAUUGCCCCUUUGAAAGGGAGCCAAGUCAACCUGCAAACAAAGUGGUGGUCCUCCCGGGUGCUGGUUUUGGAGUGCAAUAGAGUGACCGACUUGAGCUACAUUGCAUGUGGCUCAGGGGCUUUUGUCAUCACACAGCCUCUUCCUGGGUCGGGAUACCUGUACGGACGAUCAAUUGAAGAUGGAGCACCUGCUCCCUAAGAGGGAGCCGUCAGCCUUUUCGUUUGCCCUUGAAAAACUUUAGGAACCCACCUGAUGCAGUGCCAUGAGUACAUUUUUCUUUUGCUGAGAAAUACCGUGUCUUGUUCCGCCAGGCUGGACCUGUAACACCUAGCAAAGAUGGGAGCUGCAAAAGCAUAAGGGCUGCAGGCAUCAGUUUCCUCCCUGAGGUCAGAAUCUUGCUCAGGAUAAAACCCUUAUGCUUGAGCAAAGCUGGAGAGUUCUCGAGUGUACUGGUAGAUGCCAGACUGGCUGCAGUGCUCACUUGUGUUCAUUAAUGCAUUUAGGUGGUGUCUUCUUCAUGCAACACAUCUGUGUCCCUUGCUUUCCUCCCCCAAAAAAAGACGACAACCUAAUUACUGUCAUUGCAAAUGCCGAAUGGAUGCUAUGCUGUAGCAACUGUUGCUCCAAGAUUCUUCUUCCAGUUUGAGGGCUGCUUUUGGGGUGUGACCUCUUGCACUAUCUGUACGGGCACAUAUUUCAAGAGAGCAGGGGGGCAUGCGAGACGAUAGGUAAAAGGAACAUGAACGUACUGGUCCUGCUAACAGCUUGCCUUAAAUCACUGAAAUUACAGAAGUUCCUCGCCACUAUUGCAAUCCUCAUUCUUUCUGUAGUUAGGUUUUAAAAUCCAACAGGUUCUGGAGGUUAUACAACUUUAUUUUAAAAAAGCUUCUGUCUUUGCAUAAUUGCACUUUUCAGAUAAGCCCUUUCUGGCUAACGUGUCAUUUCACACACAGACAGAAAAACCCAUCCGUCUCCAAUGUUCUUGCUGUAAAGUUUCGGUUUGUUUUUUUUUUUUCCCGUGUAAAUUCUAUUUGGACUAAAGGUUGCCUACUGUUGAAUCAGUGUGUUUACUUGAAUGUUGCCAUUUUAUGCAGUUACAGCUGCUGACUCUUGCGCUUCUCUGGGCCCAUGAGAGGGGAGAUCGUGUGACCAGAGGUGGCAAACCUGCACAGAGGAUCAGUGGAGCUGAAGGCUGGCUGCUGUUUUUAUACUCCCAUAUGUAUUAAAUGUUAGAGGACCUCACAGAAUACUGCUUAAUAUUUUGAAGUUGUGACUUUUUAAGUCACACUAAAUAUAGUUAUCUUAAUAAUGUGCUUGCUUUCUUAAGUUUAAAACAGUCUUUUAAAAAGGAGAUGGGGUGGCAGGAGCGGUUGGAGGGCCUUGGGCUGUUAGUUGCUGAGUAACUCGAGUUCCGAGAGGCACGGAUGCAACUGGCAGGAUUAGGUCCUGACCCAGCGCUACUGGGGUUUGUACUGGCUGGUCUUGGGGGCAUGAAGCAACCCAAGUCCUUGAUGGGCUGCGUGGAGGAGAAGGGUCAGCCUGGGAGAGCCGGUUGACACAGCUGGAUUUCUUGGAGCACUUGCUUGUGGAGCUCGGCCCAUUUAGCCUCAAAGUCGCCCUUUAUGGAGGGAAUGCCUUUUGGUAGCGUGUUUGCUCCCAGAGAAGUAACUAAUUCUGACUAAGGAAGUAAGGGAAGCGCAGCUUUCACUGAAUCGCAUGGGAACACCACGAGCUGACAGCUCUCAGUUCCUCAGUAAACCACCAAGGGCGGGUAGGAUCGAAUCUGCCAUUCUUUGUGUUGGGAGUGGUUUUUGCCUUUUCGGACUUGCCCAAGAGAUAACCCCGUAUGAUCCAAUUUUCUCGCUCUGGGAAAUAAUGAAUGUAUUGUGUGUUGUGGAGCAGACCCGUGCUUCCUCUUUCAGACAGCAGCAUCAGAAGUGCUGUGUAAAUGUAAUGCUUGAAAAUGGCUGGAGUAAAUUCUGUUUCAUGCAGGAUCUUUUUUUUAAAGGGAUGUGGCCAAAUUUGAAACCAUGAUCUAGAGGAAAAGUGGGAGAAGUUCAAGCUGAUGCAUCUACUGAGUCCCAUCUGGUUUGUAGUUUUACCAUUACUUUUCUUAUGUCAAAUUUUGCUCACCGUUGUCUGGAACAGAAUGGAAACAGCAUCUUACAGAAUGUGCAAUCUAAGGCACAAUGCAAAUAGGUGUAAUAAGAAGGUUGUCUUUGCUUGAUAGCAAUCCUGAGUGCAAUGUUUUUGUCGUGUCCCUUUUGGAAGAAGAGCAUUAAGUGCAGUCUGAGGUUUUUUUCUUUUCUUAUAAGCAAAGCAUUGGUUUGUCCAUUACUGACUUCUUGUGGAA